AUGGCUUCCCCUUCCUCACUCAAAACCCUCAACUCCAUCAACCUCUUCUCCAUCAAACCCCCCUCUCUCCCCCCCUCAUCCAUCAAGCUCAAAACACUCCUCCAAACCUUCUUCUUCUCCCACAUCCACCGUGCCCUCUCCAAAGCAAAAUCUCUCCUCCUCCAAAUACUCAACCUAAUGCGCAAGCGCAACCAGAAGAAGCUCCACUUCGCCUCAUUCCGCCUCCACUACAACUGGUGCUCCUCCUCUCGCUCCCUCCGCUACGACGUCGUCGGGGUCAACUGCUCCGGCGAGCUCUCCAAGUACCUGCAGUGGCUGGACGAGAGAGGCGAUGACGAAUCAUCCUGCAAUGAGAUUGAUAGGCUUGCUGAUUUGUUCAUUGCUGACUGCCAUGAGAAGUUUAGAUUGGAGAAGCAAGAAUCUUAUAGAAGAUUUCAAGAAAUGAUGGCUCGAAGCGUUUGA